CUCCAACAACUCUGUCUUGUCUUAUCCCAACAGCCUCAGGACCUUGAACUAUCAUCUUACGCCUUAAACUCCGUGGACUCUCUGUGAGGACCAUGGUGGUGCGACAUGGCGUCGCAAGGUCCGGGUCCAGACCCAAGCGAGCGCAUCUUCAUUGAGUUGCGCAGCAAGAACGAUGAAGUAAAGAACAAGGCAGCAUCUGAGUUACGAGAGCUCAUCACACUGCUGUCAAGAGAAUGGUCUCCAGAACGGUUCGGCGCUUUCUACGACAGGGUCACAAACCGACUUAGCAACCUCAUUGUCCAAGCCCCAGAUCCCAGCGACAAAGUUGGCGGUAUCCUCGCCCUAGAUCGGUUGAUAGAUUGUGAAGCGAUCGAUGCCGCGCAAAAGGCUUCAAAAUAUUCGAAUUAUCUGCGGGCAGCUUUGAAGAGCAAUGACUACACUGUUUUGGAUGCGGCCAGCCGAGCCUUGGGUCACCUGGCUCGGCCAGGAGGGGCGUAUACCGCCGAGCUUGUUGAGGCUGAGAUGACAUCUGCUUUUGAAUGGCUUCAGCCAGAGAUCAAGCAGGAGAGUCGCAAGUUGGCUGCAGUUUUCCUAAUCCGCGAAAUGGCAAGCAACUCUCCGACACUUGUCUAUGGCUUCAUACCGCAGAUCUUCGACUUGAUCUGGAACGCCCUACGAGAUCCUAAGGACCUGAUACGAAGAACAGCUGCUCAAUCCGUUAGUGCCUGCUUCGGGGUAAUGGUAGCAAGAGAUGCACAAUUCCAGACACAUUGGUUUGCCAAAAUAUAUCAAAAGGCGCUGGAAGGCUUCCGACCAACAUCGACCGUUGACGAGACACUUGGCUCACUACUUAUUUUGAUGGAGCUCUUGCAGCAGGGCAACAUGUUCAUGCACGACUUCUACAGGAAUGCCUGUGAAAUCGUGCUAAGACUCAAAGACCAUCGGGACUCUAGGAUCAGAACGCAGGUGGUACAGAUGAUCCCUGUUCUGGCCGAAUACGCCCCCCUCGAUUUCAUCAACAACUACUUGCACAAAUUUAUGAUCUACCUGCAAGCUCAGCUCAAGCGCGAAAAGGAGAGAAACCAGGCCUUUAUUGCCAUAGGGCAGAUAGCUAAGGCUGUAGGCAGUGCCAUUGCGCAAUACCUUGACGGUAUCAUCCUAUACAUCCGGGAGUCAUUGAGCGCGAAGACGAAAAAUCGGGCUGCAGUAGACGAAGGCCCGAUGUUCAACUGUAUCAGCAUGCUUGCUGGCGCAGUUGGUCAGACACUUAGCAAGUACAUGGAGGCACUCCUGGAUCCAAUCUUUGCAUGCGGCCUCACCGAGCCCAUGGAGAAAGCUCUCGAAGAUAUGGCACAUAACAUACCACCAAUUCGGACCACCAUACAAGACAAGCUGCUUGACUUGCUCAGUCUUAUCUUGGUUCGUUCUCCGUACAGACCUUUAGGUUGUCCUCCAAACACAGUUCCACCACUUCCUUCUUUUGCAAAAGAUUAUGGAGGAUUUCCCGCAGAGCUCAAGGACCAUGAGAUCACAUUGGCCCUUGAAACGCUCGGGAAGUUCGAUUUCUCGGGUCAUAUCUUGAACGAAUUCGUACGCGAUGUCACCCUUCGUUACGCCACGAACGACAAUCCAGACAUUCGACGAGCAGCGGCAUUGACGUGCUGCCAGCUAUUCAUGCAAGACCCCAUCCUGCACCAGACCAGUAACAAUGCGAUUCAGGUGGUGGGUGAAGUCGUGGACAAGCUGUUGACUGUGGCUGUUGGCGAUCCGGACCCUGAAAUCAGAAUGACAGUGCUUCAGGCGCUGGACAGGAAGUUUGACAAGCAUCUUGCGAGGCCUGAAAAUAUCCGAUGUCUUUUCCUGGCUGUUAAUGACGAAGUCUUUGGCGUCCGUGAAGCUGCCAUUGAGAUCAUCGGACGACUGACAACGGUAAACCCUGCAUACGUCUUUCCACCUCUCCGGAAGUUACUGGUCAGCUUACUUACCGGGCUUGGGUAUUCCAAUACAGCAAAGCAGAAGGAAGAGAGUGCCCGUUUGAUUAGCCUGUUCGUCUCUAAUGCCACUUCUUUGGUCAAGACAUACGUGGAAGCGAUGGUUUCCGCUCUCCUCCCCAAGGCCACUGAUCUAAACCCGGGAGUCGCGUCAACUACCAUCAAGGCCCUUGGUGAUCUGACAUCAGUUGGCGGAGAAGAGAUGGCACAGCAUAUCCCCGAACUCAUGCCUAUCAUCAUUGAUGCUUUACAAGAUCUCGGAUCACACGAAAAGCGCGACGCGGCCAUGAAGACUUUGAGCUCCCUUGCGGUCAAUUCCCAGUAUGUGAUUGACCCAUAUACUGAAUAUCCCGAAUUGCUUGGAAUCUUGAUCAACCUGAUCAAGACCGAAGCUCAUGGCGAGCUCAGAACGGAUGCCAUUAAGCUAGUCGGUGUUCUUGGAGCUCUCGAUCCUUAUAAGUACCAGCAACUCGCCGAUACGGUGACUCAAAAACAGAACCAAUCCGAAGUACCUCCCGUCUCCGACGUUGCCCUGAUAAUGUCAGGACUUACACCGUCGAAUGAGGAAUACUAUCCAACAGUCGUCAUCAACACCUUGAUGCAGACAAUCUUAGCAGAUCACACCCUAGCUCAAUAUCACAGCGCCGUGAUCGAUGCCGUUGUGACCAUCUUCAAGACGAUAGGCAUGAAGUGUGUGCCUUUCCUGGGUCAGAUUGUCCCCGGUUUCCUAGCAGUGAUUCGGAGUUCGCACCCAACCCGCUUAGAGUCAUACUUCAAUCAACUUGCUGUCCUGGUCAAUAUUGUUCGUCAGCAUAUCCGAGCAUUCCUGCCAGAAAUCAUCGCCGUCAUCAGAGAGUAUUGGAAUGUGUCGCGGCAAGUACAGUCGACGAUUUUGUCAUUGAUUGAGGCCAUCUCAAAGUCUCUUGAGGGCGAAUUCAGGAGAUAUCUUGCUGGUUUAUUACCCCUUAUGCUUGCGGUUAUUGAGAAUGACUCCGACCUGCGAAGAGAGGCUUCGAUGCGCAUCCUACAUACUUUCCUGGUAUUUGGCUCCAGCGGGGAGGAGUAUAUGCACAUGAUCACGCCGGCAAUUGUUGGUAUCUUCGAAAACCCAGCAGCCCCCCCUAAUGCCAGACGAGCAGCAAUCGACACCCUAGGCAAAUUAUCCCGAACGGUCAAUGUUACCGACUUUGCUUCGCUCAUGAUUCACCCACUUGCAAAGAUUCUGUCCUCACCAGAGAAGGCUGUCACAAAUUCCUCGGAGCGCUCAUUGAAAGCUGCGGCACUGGACUGUGUCUGUGCGUUAAUAUAUCAUCUUGGUCAGGAUUUCAGUCACUAUCUCCCUUUGGUAGAGCGGGCUACGAAAACUGGGCAGAUCAAUUCCGAACGAUUUCAGAAGCUGGUCGAGAACUUGAAGACUGGAAAGCCAUUGCCGGUGGACUUCUAUCCGGAUGAGCAGUACGGUCUAGCAGCUGAAGACACAACCUAUUCUAACAUAACUUCCAUGAGACUUCCGGUGAAUCAACAGCACUUGAAGAGUGCCUGGGAUGUUUCUCAAAAGUCGACCAAGGAAGACUGGCAAGAAUGGAUGAGAAGAUUUAGUGUCGAACUACUGAAAGAGUCUCCAUCUCACGCCUUGCGAGCUUGUGCGAGUUUGGCUACCGUCUUUCAACCCUUGGCCAAAGACUUAUUCAACUCGGCGUUUGCCUCCUGCUGGACCGAGCUCUACGACCAGUAUCAGGAAGAACUCAUUGCUUCGAUCGAAAAAGCCUUGACAUCUUCCAACAUCCCUCCGGAUAUCUUGCAAACGUUGCUAAAUUUAGCUGAGUAUAUGGAGCAUGAUGAUAAGUCUUUGCCGAUCGACAUAAGAACGCUUGGACGAUUCGCUGCGAAAUGUCAUGCCUUUGCGAAAGCGCUGCACUACAAAGAACUUGAGUUUGAACAAGAUCAGAACAGCUCAAGUGUCGAGGCUCUGAUCAGCAUCAACAAUCAACUGCAACAGUCUGACGCUGCUAUUGGUAUUUUGCGUCGGGCGCAAGUGUUUGGCGAAGUUGAGCUCAAAGAAGCAUGGUUUGAGAAGCUACAACGAUGGGAAGAAGCAUUGGCUGCUUACCAGAAGCGUGAAAAAAUAGAGCCUGAAAACUUCGACAUCGUUAUGGGAAAGAUGCGCUGUUUGCAUGCUUUGGGUGAAUGGAAGAUGCUUUCAGAGAUCGCCCAGGAACACUGGAAUAAUGCAAGCGUCGAGAACCGCAAGAAUAUGUCAGCACUCGCUGCAGCGGCAGCUUGGGGCCGAGGCGAGUGGGACUCUAUGGACAACUACAUUAGUGUUAUGAAGGAAAGUUCUCCCGAUAGAGCUUUCUUCGGCGCCAUUCUUGCAAUCCAGCGCAACAACUUUCCCGAAGCUUACAACUUCAUCGUGCGAGCCCGAGAAGGUGUCAACUCAGAAAUCACUGCGACGAUUGGGGAGUCUUAUAACCGCGCCUACAGCGUGGUUGUUCGGACGCAGAUGCUUGCCGAACUCGAAGAGAUCAUCGUCUACAAGCAGAGUGAAGGGCAACUCGACAAACAGAAUUCUCUCAAGUUGCUAUGGAACAAGAGGUUGUUAGGUUGUCAAUCGAAUGUGGAGGUCUGGCAGCGAAUGCUGAAAGUCCGGGCUCUGGUUUUGACACCAACCGACAAUCCAGAAAUUUGGAUCAAGUUUGCAAAUCUCUGCCGCAAAUCAGAUCGGAUUGGUCUGGCGGAAAGAUCGUUGGCUUCCCUGGGCGGUGUUAGUGAUGCUGCCGCUGCCGCUGGCGCGGCACCGCCUCCUGUUGCAUACGCUCGGCUCAAGUUCAACUGGGCAACUGGCAAUCAAAAGCAAGCCCUUUCGUUCCUCCGGGAGUUCACUAUGAGACUUGCUGAUGAUUUUCAACAAGCCAAUGCGUCCCUUGCGAACGGCAUGCAGAAUGAGAGGAUGAAUAGCAUGAACGGUAUUGAUACCGCAGGACACGAUGCGCUUACCCAACGGAGAAAACACGAUGAAUUGGACAGAUGUGCGAAACUCCUGGCCAAGUGCUAUCUCCGACAAGGAGAAUGGCAGUCAUACCUGCUCAGAGGUGAUUGGACAAGUCCGAAUGCUCAGGAAGCUGUCCGAGAUAUUCUGUCGUCGUACCACGCUGCGACGCAAUACAACGAGACCUGGUACAAAGCAUGGCAUGCGUAUGCUUUGGCAAAUUUCGAGGUUGUGACUUCGAUGGCGUCUCAUACAGACCAGGACAAGGUGCGCAAUCUGCCCGAGCAUGUCAUCCAGAAUCAUGUCGUCCCUGCAAUUGGAGGCUUCUUCAGAUCCAUUGCUCUUUCGAAGACGAGUAGUCUGCAAGACACUCUCCGCCUGUUGACGUUGUGGUUCGCACAUGGUGGACACAGCGAGGUCAACUCCGUCAUCAUUGAAGGCUUCGCAUCCGUGAGCAUCGACACCUGGCUUGAAGUUAUCCCUCAAUUGAUUGCAAGAAUCAACCAACCAAACGCGAGAGUUCGGGCAGCUGUCCAUCGACUGUUGACAGAAGUUGGAAAAGCUCACCCACAAGCAUUGGUCUAUCCCUUGACCGUGGCCAUGAAGUCCUUGGUGCAGCGCCGCGCUAAUUCCGCAAUGCAAAUUAUGGACAACAUGAGAGUGCACAGUCCAGUCCUAGUUGAGCAAGCUGACCUUGUCAGCCACGAACUUAUCCGUGUUGCUGUGUUGUGGCACGAACUUUGGCACGAAGGCCUUGAAGAAGCUUCUCGACUAUAUUUUGGUGAUCAUGAUGUCGAAGGCAUGCUUGCAACACUUGCACCAUUACACGAAUUACUCGAUCGAGGCGCCGAGACCCUCAGAGAGGUAUCUUUCGCCCAAGCAUUUGGGCAUGAUCUCGCUGAAGCCAGAGCAUUCUGCAAUGCAUUCCGCCGGUCCAAAGAAAUAGGAGACCUUAACCAGGCCUGGGAUUUGUACUAUGCGGUUUUCAGGAAGAUUGCUCGCCAAUUGCCUCAGCUGAUGAGCCUCGACUUGAAAUAUGUGUCGCCGCGCCUUAAGGAUGCACACGAUCUCGACCUUGCUGUUCCUGGCACUUAUCGCUCGGGCAAGCCUAUAAUCAGGAUCAUCAGCUUCGACCAUGUUUUGACCGUCAUUCCUUCGAAGCAACGACCUCGAAAGAUGACUGUGAAGGGUUCCGAUGGAGUUUCAUACGCUUUCCUGUUGAAGGGCCAUGAAGAUAUUCGACAAGAUGAACGAGUGAUGCAGCUGUUCGGACUGGUCAACACGCUGUUGACCAAUGAUACCGAAAGCUUCAAGCGUCAUUUGAACAUCCAACGUUUCCCGGCAAUUCCUCUUUCACAAAAUUCUGGCCUGCUUGGAUGGGUACCUAACUCGGACACACUUCAUAAUUUGGUCAAGGAAUAUCGCGAAUCGCGUCGCAUUCUCCUCAAUAUCGAGCAUAGAAUUAUGCUGCAGAUGGCACCGGAUUAUGAUAACCUUACGUUGAUGCAGAAGGUCGAAGUAUUCGGGUAUGCAAUGGACAAUACGACUGGGAAGGACUUGUACCGCGUGCUAUGGCUUAAGUCUAAGAGCUCUGAAGCAUGGCUCGAUCGGCGUACUAACUAUACCCGUUCGCUAGCUGUCAUGUCCAUGGUCGGCUACAUUCUCGGACUGGGAGACCGGCAUCCGUCUAACCUUAUGCUUGAUCGCAUCACUGGCAAGAUCGUUCACAUCGAUUUUGGUGAUUGUUUCGAAGUGGCCAUGCAUCGUGAAAAAUACCCUGAACGAGUUCCCUUCCGCUUGACCAGAAUGCUCACCUUUGCUAUGGAAGUCAGCAACAUUGAAGGUUCUUUCAGGAUCACAUGCGAGAACGUAAUGCGAGUGAUUCGCGAGAACAAAGAAUCGCUUCUCGCAGUGCUGGAGGCUUUCAUUCACGACCCACUUCUCAAUUGGCGUCUCAACACGCGGGAGUCACCGCCUCGACCAAAUUUCCGGUCAGAGCGACGCCAAAGUAUCAUGGACGCCCCUGGUGCUCCAGGAGACUACGAUCGCAGCCCAAUGGAGACAGCGCAUCAUCCUGCUACAGCAGCGAUGAACGGUGCAGCUCACAGCCAUGUUGGUGCUCCUCCCGGUCGGCGACACAGACGCAGCAGCAUCCUCGACCCCGCAAUGGGUGGAGGAAGUAUCCUCGACUCUUCUAAAGUCGGGGAGGGCAACGCCGCUGCACAAGAGGCCAAGGAGGUACAGAAUGCAAGAGCAUUGCAAGUACUAGCAAGAGUUAAAGAGAAGUUAACCGGUCGCGACUUCAAGCCUGCAAACCCCGGCACAGCGGCAGCACGGCUCGGGGCGGAUGCGAACGGUCUUGGCCUAGAGGCUCUGAUGGAUCUCAAUGGCGGCACGAUGAAUCAUGCUACAGGCGUGGUCCCAACGAGCGUGGGUGCAAACGGCAGUAGUGACGGUGGUAGUGCAAACGGUGGCGCAAAGCAAGGCCUUACGAGCAUCGCAGGUGCAGCGCCCGAGACGACCAUGGCAGGCAUAGGAGGCCUUGGGGUCGCGGAGCAAGUUGAUCGACUGAUUCUGCAGGCGACAAACGUGGAGAAUCUGUGUCAGCAUUACAUUGGAUGGUGUUCGUUCUGGUAAUUCACAUCCCAAGCCGGAAGAACAUGGAACAGGUCAUGUGCGCUGAGAGACAGGAACACGAUUUUGGGGAUGUUGUGAUGUGCUUCGGAAGCGAGACGGCAGCGGGGCAGGCAGGAGACAGUGGACAGGGCGUGUGCUUGUUUGGACAAAGCAGAUAUUAAUGACUCGGGCUAGGAAAUGGGAAAUGGAAUGGCGAGGACUCAUGGCAUUGAACUGGGACAGCAUGCUCAGGGAACUGGGUUCAAUGGGAGCGAGUCAAUUACGUGUAGGACUAUCAUCGCAUAGCACUGGUGCGGAUAUGGAUGGACUGGACUGGGACGUGAAUCCUUCUUAACAGCUGUAAUAAGUGGCCUUUCUUCUAUGGGCUUUUUCUUGAUA